AGGGCGCAUGAGCGGGGUGCGCACCGGGAUGCGGGGACGCGAGUGUCGGGAGCCGCUCUGAGGCCUCCGGAGCGGCCUCCGGCCCCGCACAGGCCCGCACCCGCAGGACUGCCUCUGAAUCACAGUCCAGAAAGAAGAAACAAUUGUGUUGAUUGAAGCUGAACAUUUGCCUCUAAGAUUAAGAACAAAGCCAUGCCAGUGCUUUCUGAAGACUCAGGAUUGCAUGAAACUUUGGCCCUUUUGACAUCUCAGCUAAGACCUGACUCAAAUCAUAAAGAGGAAAUGGGAUUCCUUAGGGAUGUCUUCAGUGAAAGGAGUCUCAGCUACCUCAUGAAGAUUCAUGAAAAACUCCGUCAUUAUGAAAGGCAGAGUCCAACUCCUGUUUUACACAGUGCAGCAGGAUUAGUUGAAGAUGUAAUAGAAGAGUUGCAGACUGCACCAGUGAAUAAUGAAGAAAAAGAGCUACUUCAGCUGCUGUCAACACCUCAUCUCAGGGCAAUGCUUGUAGUACAUGACACUGUAGCACAGAAGAACUUUGAUCCAGUCCUUCCACCUCUGCCUGAUAACUUUGAUGAUGAUUUUGAUGAGGAAUCAGUGAAAAUUGUUCGGCUAGUGAAAAAUAAAGAACCCUUGGGAGCCACCAUCAGAAGAGAUGAGCACACAGGAGCUGUGGUUGUGGCAAGGAUCAUGAGAGGUGGUGCAGCUGAUCGCAGUGGUAUGAGCAGUGGUCUUGUCCAUGUUGGAGAUGAACUAAGAGAAGUCAAUGGUAUUACUGUGCUUCACAAACGACCGGAAGAAAUAAGUCAGAUUUUGGCUCAGUCUCAGGGGUCGAUAACGUUAAAAAUAAUUCCAGCCAUCAAAGAAGAAGAUCGUCUAAAAGACAGCAAGGUAUUUAUGAGGGCACUUUUCUGCUAUAACCCCAAAGAAGACAAAGCCAUCCCUUGCCAGGAGGCUGGGCUGCCAUUUAAGAGGCGACACGUCCUAGAAGUUGUGAGCCAAGAUGAUCCCACAUGGUGGCAAGCCAAGCGUGUUGGAGAUACCAACCUCAGGGCAGGCUUGAUCCCCUCCAAGCAGUUCCAAGAAAGACGACUGACUUACAGAAGAACAAUAGGCACUCUGCAGAAUGCCAGAACUCUGAAGAAACCAUUAUAUGAUCAGUCCUCUGACAAAGAGGACUGUGACUGUGAAGGAUAUUUCAAUGGACAGUACAUAGCUGGUUUACGCAGGAGCUUUCGAUUAAGUCGAAAAGAGAAGGAGAACAGUGUGAAUGAAGGCAAGCAAGCAGAGCAGGCUGAUGCAGCAGAGUUCCUCACAUAUGAAGAAGUCACAAAGUAUCAGCAGCAGCCUGGGGAACAGCAGAGGCUGGUGGUUUUGAUUGGUUGCUUGGGGGCCAAAUUAAGUGAGCUCAAGCAGAAGGUUGUGUCAGAGAACCCACAGGAGUAUGGGGUUGCAGUUCCACAUACAACCAGGUCAAAGAAAAGUCAUGAGAAGGAGGGAGUAGAAUACAAUUUUGUGUCUAAGCAAUCAUUCGAGACAGACGUGCAGCAAAACAAAUUUGUGGAACAUGGAGAAUACAAAGAAAAUUUAUAUGGUACAAGCCUGGAGGCAAUCCGGUCUGUGAUGGCCAAGAAGAAGGUUUGUUUGGUGGAUGUGGUACCUGAAGCAGUAAAGCAUUUGAGGACUCCUGAGUUUAAGCCUUAUGUCAUCUUUGUGAAGCCUCUUAUUUCAGAAAAGAAAAAACACGUCCUAAAAUCUCCCAUGUCAGAAGAAAUCUCAGCCCCCCUGCAGGAUGAAGAACAGCAGGAAAUUCUUAAUUCAGCAGCAUUCAUUGAAGAGCAGUAUGGCCAUUUAAUUGACACUGUACUGGUGAAAGAAGAUCUCCAGAGUGCAUGUAAUCAGCUGAAAACCGUGUUAGAGAAGCUAAACAAGGAUUCAUUUUGGGUGCCAGUCAACUGGGUGAGGUCAUAGCUUGUUACCAUGUUUUAGGGAAAGAUUGUAUAAAAAUGUCUUGUAAAUGAGUGAAUUAGAAAAGGGAAAUAUGUCAAAUUCACUUCAAAACUGCUGGUCUGUCUAAAAGGCAAUAUAUAAAGACUGUAUGAGGAAGAACUAACAAAGUUAAAAGCUGACACUGCCUCCCUGAAUCAAAAUUUUGAAUAGCAGCUGUCAUUUAAAAGUGAAUACUCAGACUAAACCAGUCAGUCCAAUCUUUUACUGAUCUUUAGGCUGUAAAUAGUGUAUUUUGUACAGUGAGGUUUCACAGAGGGUCCCACACUUCUAAAGCAUUUUAGUGCUGAGACACUGACUGACCAGGUGGAAUUUUUGUCCUUUGGCCACAACUCUAGCCACAAAAUUAGAAUAAGGUAGUCUUUGGGAACAAGCUACUUCUUCUGCCCUCUUUCCCAGUCUCUUCCUACUGACACAGGACAAAUUUUAAACAACCCAUGAGUGCACCUGUAUGAUGAGCCAGCUGAUAAAACAGACACUUUUUUUAGUCUAUGUGAAAGUAACUGCACGUGGUUCUAAAAUACAACAUUUAAGCAGCCUGUUUUCUACAAGACACCUUUGGAAGUGCUACCUGAUGGGAUACACUCUUGACACCAAUGUAGCAACUCCUAAAAGGAGGAGGCUGAAGGACAAAGUAGCUGAGCUACAGGUGGAAAUCAUCAUCCCUGCAGCAUUUAUGGCUGCCUUUGCUCCAAAUCUGGCAAAGGCUUCCAGAGCAUCUAGUUGGCCUGAAGAAAUCUUAACUGUUAGAAGACCUUGUAUAUAUAUUUCAGGAGACUUGAAUAUACAAUAUUAUUAGAUAGGUCUUAAUGAGAAAAUGCAGAGAUGAUUCUGGAAGUACCUGUGCUCUGUAAUUAUUUGGGGGGUGGAGGGACAGUAUUGUACAGGUGCAUGUUAGCUGUAACUAGUUCCUGGUUUUGCUUGCCUGCUGUGCUCUAAUAUUUCCUGUGUACUGUGCUCUUUAAACAAGACCUUUUGGUGCACCACUCUUGUUCCUUGCAUCUUGACAGUCUGAUGUUAUUCUUGUUCCAUGACAUUUAGCAGAACUAAACAAUGCAUAUUAAAAGCACAUUUACAUAC